AUGAAAAAGGCAUUUCUCCUCCUUGUGCUCCUGUCGACAAUAAAUUUCAGACGCUACACAAAUUACAACGUUAGAGUGAAGCUGAAAAACUUCUCCAACAAAAUUUACAUGUCCAGUAGAGUGCAGUUAAAAUCGACAAAAUUGCAACACAGAAAGAGACCCAAAAAGAGGAAAAAAUCAGAAAUUUAUCGAACGCCUGUUUUGUAUCACCCGAAUCAGAAGGACUACUUUAACCUCCAGAGCGAGUACACCUGCUUGCCCGAUGAGCAAGUGCUGGAGCUGCUCUCGAAGGAUAAACUGAACUUGCUCAUCGGGGCAAUUAGAAGGAAGGACAACCAGGAGAUCGACAAAAUUUUGUACAAGGAUGUGAAUAAUAUAUAUUUGGAUAGCAGGUACGUCUACUACGAUGAGGAACAUGACAAUGAUGAGAACGAGGAUGACGAUGCAAAUAACGAUGGUGAAGACCACACCAUGAAGGCCAACAACGGAAAGAGGGAUGACCUCUUCAAAGCUGGUUCAACUGAUAAGAAAAAAUGUGCCCCAAGAAAGGACGAUGACGACCAUGAUAAAGAUUCAGAAGAAAAAAAAUUUGUUGACUUAAACAAUAUUUAUUUUUAUUUCAAAAAAGUGAACAUCACAAACAUAAAUAAGGACAACAUAAAUGACGACAUAUAUAGGGAGCUAGUGGAGUUAAAAAAAAUGUCCCUCGAAAAAGGAGACCAAAUAGGCAUCAACAUGUACCGAUAUUUCCUAAACAUAAUUACAAAUGUCGACAGAAUGAAAUACAUCGAUGAUUUUUAUUUGGUAAAUUAUAUAAAUAAUAUUUGGAUAACAAAAAAUGUGCACAAAUAUUUUUAUUUUUUAAAUUCACUUUUUGACAGAAUGAAAAAAAUUACCUACAAAUUGCUUCAGCUGAAUUAUAAAGUUGAUAAAAUUGGACAUGAGGAGGAACUCAACAAAAUGAAGUACUUUGAGCGACAUGAACUCUUCAGUAAGGUUAUUAAAAAAACCAAGUUCGUUCCCAACUAUGUGCGUAAACACAGCUAUGCGUACUCCACCGAUAUCAUGAAUCUUUACCAGUAUGACAUAAACACCAAUUCGUAUGUCAACAGGUUUGAGAGCACCUAUAGGGAGGUUUGCGUCAAUGACUUUAUUGACAACUCCAGGAGGAAAAAGUUAAACAUUUGCUACGACGCAACGCGGUUCGACCCCUUUUACAGCUACGCCAGGGGGUAUGGCAGGGACAACGAGAUGAAGAAGAUCAUGGGACUCACCUACGGGGUGACCCACAUUCCUGGCAGCACUACAGGAGAUGUUACUGACGUUGUUACUGGCGGCGUUACUGACGGCGUUACUGGCUGCCUUCCUGACAGUGCUACCCCCCGCAGUGACGACGAAAGCAGCACUGCCAAGCCGAAGAAAGCGAAGAGGAGCCACGCCAAAAAGGACAUCAGCCAGGCAGUGCUGGAAAAAGACACCCCUGGAGAGGAAAACGUGAAACACCAUACCGAUGAACAAACACCCAAUGAAGGAGUUAAAGAAGCCUCACAGAAUCACAACAGGGGCGACGCAUUACUUGAAAGGAUAAAGAAGGACCCCAAUUUAAAGUACGAAUUUUUGGAAAAGAUAAGCGAAAAAAUGUGCAGCGAAUUCGUAAACAUGGGCGUCCUGGAUAGCGAAAGCAAAAAAGUCGAUCUUAACAAAAUCGAAGACAUAAAAAAUGAUCAGGACAACAUUUUGUACAAAAAGGUGUACGCCAUGCGUGACUACUUCUACACCAUCAUGUAUGAUAAUUAUAAACCGAAUCUGGAUAUCUACGAAUUGGAAACCUUCAUAGAUGCAGAGUAUAGAACCUACUCGUACAAGAAAGACCUCAAUGUGCUUUUCAGAAAUUGGGUUCUGAAUGAGAACAAGGAAUUACCAACUGUGCACUUUUCGAAGAAGGAUGUGGAACUGGCUAAGUUAAGAUACUUGUCCAAGAGGAAAAGAAAAGUGCUGGAGUUUAAUCAGCAAUUUUUUGAGCGCCACGGGGAGGGUAAGAAGAGGUACUUCCCCGUCGAGGAGCACUUAACGUCGGAAGUGGGUGCAACUGGUGGGUCUGAAGAAGGGGCAUCUUCGGGCAAGCCUCUAACCGAACAGUUGGGAGGUGAGUCAGGCAAAGCGGCAAACGCUACGGAUAACGGUCCCAGUAACGAUCCUGGUAUCGGUCCAGAUGACCCCCCACCGACCCCGCCAGACAACCGAAACGACGCAGGCCAGAAUAAAACCACGAACAAAUCAGUGAGCUGCCUCAUAAAGUGGAACGUACGCAGCGAAAACGACACGAGGAAAAUAAACAACGACCAGGAUGAAGCAGACUUAAGUGACGAAGACGACAAUGAUGAAAAUGACGACAGUCAUGACCAGGACGAAGCAUUCGACUUUGACAAAUACAAUUUAAAAACCAACGACUUGGAGACCUACGGAUUUUGUGACGACAAUUUAAACGAUAACGAUAGCGACAACGGAGAACCCUCCUUCGGAGACAUGAAUUUUGCUAAGCUGGUCAUUUAUGAUGACAACUACGACCAGGGAGAGUUCGUCGAAACGCUCACCAGUUUGAUAAGCACCUGUGAUUAUAAGAGGGCGUACUCCAUUUACAACACGUUGAAGACCAAAGGGAAGGUCGAUACAUUGUACUUCAAAAGUUACGACAAUGCGGAAAAUGUCGCCUUCCUGAUGCGCCAGUCGAAGCAAAGGAUUGUUGCCGACGUGGAGUUUCUUUAG